AUGACAUUGUUUGGGGAUAUUGCAUACGAAUUGAUUUCUUAUCUUGAAGCUCAUAAACAAGUUGGUCGUGUGAUUGUCCUUUUGCAGUUUGCAAAAAUUAAUGUCUAUAACAGAACACCUUCUGUUAACAGUUAUUUUGAACAAACACGGAUGUUCAUAAAUGCUAAUCUUCCUAAAAUUGUUACCUUCACAGAUAACUCUCAAUCAUAUUCGGAGUCUGAUGACUUUUUGAAUAAUUACAAAGUUAAAAAUGUUGCCGAUUUGAUAGAACCACAAGAGGGCGGCCAAUAUAACAUUGUUGGGACCAUUUAUGGUAUUCGUCAAGAUAUUGAUUGGUAUUAUGAUGCGUGUACAAACUGUGGAAAGAAAGUUGAAACAAGAGAUGUGUUCAGCGGUCCAGAUAGUGGUGAUUCAAGUGUGAUUGUAAAAUGCUAUGGUGAUAAUUGUAUAAAUAAGAAGAUCUCUUCUGUUCCAAGGUAUAAAAUACAUAUACGUGUGCAAGAUAAUUCUGGAACAAUCACUCUGACUCUCUUUGAUAGAGAUGCUUAUAGACUCAUCAAAAAACGUGCAUGUGAUCUUAUAGAGAAAAUCAAACAUGAUGCGAUCUCACAAAUAGGUGAUACUUUGACCCCUUCAAUGCCUGAAAAAUUUGAAGCUACAAGUCUGUUCAAGUACAAUUCCCUAACAAUGGUAAAAAAACGAAACGUUGGAGAUACCAUGGAUGUUGAUGAGUAUGAUAAUGUGAAUUCGUCCACCAAGGUCCCUUGAUUGAAUUCAAAGUUGAUGGCAACACAGGUCUAUUAAUACCAAAGAUUG